AUGGCAGAUGAUGUUGGAAUUGAAUUGCUAGAGAAAAGAAUUUCUUCUAAACAAACACAUAGAGCUAAUCCAAAUUUACAAAAUCAUUCUACCGAACAAUACUAUCGUGUAACAGUAUUUUUACCAUAUAUUGAUUACUUUAUAUCACAACUUACUGAGCGUUUUAUAAAUCAUAAAAGUAUUUUUGAAGGGUUCGAUUGCAUUUUUAAAACCCAGCCAUUGCCACUAGAGAUAAAUGACCGAGAACAAUUUAAUAAGCUUGUGAACAUAUAUUCACCCGUUGUAGAUAAAUUCAAUAGCAUAGCCGAAUUCAAUAUGUGGAAAACAAAACUAAUUACAGAUAAUAUCAUUCUUAGUUCAGGAUUACAGGCAUUAGAAAUUUGUGAUAAAGAAUUUUAUCCCAACAUUUACAUGUUGAUAAAAAUAUUUUGUACGCUUCCAGUGUCAACAACAACUCCUGAACGAUCAUUCUCUAAUUUAAAAAGAAUUAAAACUUAUCUCAGGAAUAGUAUGAAUGAAACUAGACUGAAUGGAUUGGCUCUAUUAGCAUGCCAUAUAGAAACAAAGAUUACACCAGAUGAAGUCAUUGAUGAAUUGUCUCUGAAAAAUAGAAGACUGGAGUUUGUUUUGUAA